CCUCAGUGUGUGUGUGUGUGUGAGCUGGGCAGUAACGUCGCUAAGCUGGCGAAACAUAACAUGAUGCAAUCCUUCAGCGCAAGUCUGGUCUCCAGCUUGGACUUCUUCGGCCAAGCCCUCGGCAACAACUGGCCACUGGCCCUCCUUGCCCUGGCCCCUGGCGCUAUCGCGGGCGGCCUCCUGAAGCGCAGGCGACAGGUCCUCGCAGCCCGCCCCUCUCCGGAGGAGACGCCGGCCGUUGAGAAACUGGGUCACGCGACCCUGUGAGCGCUGGACAACGAGAGCAUCGAGAAACAAGAGAAGCACUUCGACGGUAAGACGCAGGUCGCUGCCCUGUUCAGGACGCGUCUGGGCGACACCGACAUGACCAUGAAGGUCAUGCUGAACAUGUACGACACGAUGUACAUCCGUGAGUGCGAGGCUCUGCUGGCCCUGAAGGGGCGCGCCGGAGCGCCCAGACCGCUUGGCUACGGCCUCGAGUACCCCAUGGUGCUGCAUGAGUACCUGCCCGCCCAGAACCUGCUGAAUCUCGUGCUGGACGAAGACACGCCCAUCUGCACCUUCGUGCAGGCCCUCGUGGGCGUCGUGCGCCGCCUCCGGGAGCUUAACGCCUUCAACUACGUGCACAAUAUCCUCGCGACCGGCCACGUCGCCGUCACGCUUGGCGCCGACUACGAUGUGCAGAACGUGAACCUGAUCGAGUUCACGGCGGCUUGCAGGAGGCCUCUCCCUCGGGCUGGUCAUCGACCGCGCGGCGUACUCGCACUUCGCGCCCGAGGUCGCCGCGGCCGGGGUCAGCACGCCCGCCUCCGACAUCUUCUCCUUCGGCGUCCUCAUCAGCGACAUCAACAGGCAGAAGGCUAACCCCAAGCCGCUGCCGCGGUAAGCGCUGAAGGCCAUGCAGAUGGCCAGGCAUAAGAAUCCACUCGCCAGGCGCUCAAAAAGGCGCUGGCCCACUGAUCACGCACUCCACUCAGGGACGCGGUGACGGCUGCCUGCCCUCUUUGAUGCAUAAUAGUAAUAAAGAAAUAAAACGGCAGAUUACUUGUAAACAUGACCGCUGAUUAAAAAAAUAAAUAAAUAAAUAACGGGGUAACGGGGUGAAAUAAUUCCACGAAACCUCCCGAUCUGGGUUGCGUGAAGUCACGGCAGGCAGGUGAUGGAUGAGCAGCCAAGCAGCCUGAAGAGUUUGGGAACUGGUCAUCUGUUCAGUGUGUUGGGCAGAGCAUACUUCAAAAGUACAAUGGCUAAGACAACAUGCUCAGUGCGAGUACUGCCCCUAUAGAAAGUAAAUACAGCCUACUAUAGUACAUUCCUGCAAAGCAAAUCAUGGAAAGAAACUUAAAACUCUUACGCAAGACUGGCAACAGA